AAGGAGGGGGAGAGGGAGGUAGUGAAUGAGUUGAAGGAAAAGGAGUGGCUUUUUCUAGAUAGUCACCGUUUUUCUGCUGUAGUCCUCCCUCAGUGACGGCUCGGGACCGACACAGUAGAGCGGAAGGGGAGAGAGAGAGAGAGAGAGAGAGAGAGAGCGAGAGACGAAAAGAAGAAAGACAGAGAACUCCUAGACGCGGUCUCCCCUCAGUCCAGUUGCCAUGGCGUCGGCAGCCCCCCAGAAGCGGAUGGUGUCCUCGGUCUUCAUUACUCUGUCCUCCCCGCACCGCGCCACCGUCACGCCGAGCGCACACGCCACCAACACGCACACCGCCACGCGCGUGAGCCCCGAGGACAGCGGGCCCAGCGCGGUCCCGCACGGCGCGCGCAGCGACGCGCGGCACGCCCACGCCGCUCCACCCAGAGACGCCGCCGUGCCCCCCCGCCCCACGCAGGCUCUCCUUUCUCCGGGCACCAGGGCGGCACCUCCCCCUCCCUCCGCCAGCGGCCUGCGUAGCCCUCCAUCCUGGACGGAGCAGGCAGCAGCAGCAGCAACUGGAAACAGGAAGAGUGAAGACUAUCUUCCUCCACCUCCACCUCCACCUCCACCUCCGUCCCCGCCUCCGCCAUCCGCCCAGAAUGCGGAGCUCUGCUCAGAACUCACCUCCCCGCUGCCUCCCCCACCUGUCCUCGAACCGUCAGCUGAUCCCUCCCUCUCGGUCAGCCAGGGUCGUUCUCUCCAGCCUGCUCCCCAGAUGAGUAAAGCAGUGGAGCUGGAAGAGAGAGCACCCCCUGGUGGUGGGAAUCAGGACAGGCUGCUUCAGCAGGUUCAGCCAAGCCAGGGAGAAGAGAUAGGUCCAGGGAGUAGAGAUGUGUGUGGCUUUUGUCGAAAGCCAGUGGCUCUCGCCGAGCCUGCAAUUGAAGCCCUGAACAGGACAUAUCACGCUAACUGCUUCCAGUGCAGACAGUGCCAGACCGCUUUGGCUGGGCAGAUGUAUUACAACAAGGCUGGGAUCCCGCUCUGUGAGGACUGCUAUCUGGCUAGUCUGGAGCAGUGCUGGGCAUGUGGAGAGGUAAUCAAGGACCAUGUGAUCCGAGCACUAGGACGAGCUUACCAUCCUCCCUGUUUCAUUUGCACAACGUGCAGCCGGCCAAUCGGGGAAGAGAAAUUUUCUCAGGGGGAGGUUGGAGAAGUGUACUGUCUUCCCGACUACUACAGGAAAUACGCUCCCCAGUGCAAUGUUUGCCAGCAGCUGAUUGUCCCGGGAGAGGAUGGCAGGGACAGCUUUACUGUGGAGUGCCUGGGCCGCUCUUUCCACGAGGACUGCUAUCGCUGUGAGGUCUGCAGCAUCUUGCUGUCAACUGAGCCAAAUGAGCAAGGCUGCUAUCCUCUGGAUGGGCAGAUUCUCUGCAAGCCGUGCCACUUGACUCUUGUCCAGGAAGGCCACCGCUGAGGCUCCUUAAAGGGAGGGAGCCCCAAACUGCAGCUGAGGGACAGGCCCGGAGAGCAGGGUGUGGACAGUGCCAGCGAAAAUACAACUCCCUCGACCGCUGAGCUUUGCGCUUUUUGUAUUUCUCAGUAUGAUAUCUGAGCAUAAAAUGGGACCACUGAAUGUCUUCAUAUUUUAGUAUUCAUAAAAAGGAUUGCUGUCCCCAUCAUUAAAAAAAAUUGUAUAAGUGAUAUAUGUAGCAAUGUGUAUGUUUGUCUUUGAUUUCUGAUAUCUUUCCCACUUUUACUUGAUAAAUGUUCAUGUAUUGUGCACUCUUUUUCAAUAUGCACCAGGAAUUUCAAUGCACCAAAGAUAUUUAUUCAUUAAGUUUUCAAGUAUUUUGUUAUUUCAUGUAUGUUUUGUUUUUUAUAUCAUACACUAUAUACUUAGAUCACCAUUAUACCAUUUACAAAAAAAUAACUGAAAAAAAUAAACUAAUAUAUUGAAUCUAC